AUGGACCAUGAGCGUCACCUCACAAUGGAUCUUGAAGAGUGGGAGCUCCUUCCUGAGCAUGGAUUUCUGGAUGAGGACGGUGGCAAAAAGGUUUACUCGCCCAAACGAUCGGGUGUUUUUGAGAUGAAUUACUUCAUCUGCCCCCUAAAAUCAGUCGAAACACCAACAACAACAACAACAACAACAACAGUAGGUGAUGAGCCUCAUAUUAAUCAGCUCUUGCCUGUGCAAAUCGAUCUGGGGCCGCCUAAGAUUGUGGCAGAAGCAGAAAAGGUGGCAUCUCUGAGUGAUGAGCAAGACACAGUUUCGCAGGUUUUCUUCAAGAAAAUGAAGGAAACCGAGUUUGUGGAGAUGAAGAUGGAGUCGCCAAGGUCCGGUCCGGGCAGGGGAGUUGUGCCUCAGCUGGAUUUCCAGUUUGAUGAGGAUAAUAACAAGAGUUUGCAUCAAAAUUCGGAUAAAAAGUUGGAUGGCGAAGAUGAGCAAGGUGUGAUCAACAACAUAAGGAAAUGGAGCUUAACCGGGAUCGGUGCUAUUUUCUCGUUUGGAGUUGUUGCUGCCACUUUCUGCAUCAUUAGCCUCAACAGCCAACAUAUACGUCCCAAGCAGAAGCUUCAGUUUCAGGUUUACACCAAUGAUCAGAGAAUCCAGCAAGUGGUUCGUCAUGCGAGUAAGCUAAAUGAAGCGAUUUCAGGCGUGAGAGGAGUUGCGAUUAGCAGGGCACACAUAACUGUUGGUGGCUACUAUGAUGCAUCCUCUCUUUGAUGGAGAACUUAUGCUGGAAUACAGACGUGGAUCUAUUUAUCUUAAAACACGAAUAGCAUAUCCUUCCUCCUCCUCAAUGUUUACGUUGUUAAGUUCUAAUGUGGGUGUAUAAAUUUACUACUGAUUAUAGAUAGCCGUGCUACAACAGUCUUAUUAUGUUUCAAUUUAGUGUUGUUAUAUGUUUCGCUGUACAAAUGCAUAGUGUGAUUUGUAAACGUGCCAGUGGACUGUGGAAUACCAAAAACAAAGAGCAGCAGGCUCAGCUAUGACCUAUGAUAUGCAAUUUUUAGUUGGAAUUUCAGUUUUCGAUCAAUCCUUUGUUUCUACGCAUUAUGUCAGCCGAGCGAUUUUAGUUUGCACUCUUCUGCUCGUUUUCUGCGUUGUUUGAAUACGCAAUAUUUCAUCUUCUUCUACCACACCGAAAUGCAAAUCAUCUUCAACGAACACACCAAUUAUGAUAAUGACUUAUACGUGUACAAUUUUCAAGGAAUAACAAAGUUUAACAAGAAAAGAAGGACGAGAAUUUAAUAAUGAAUGGAGCAGUAGUAUAUUAUAUAUGAAGGGGAAUAUUAAUGAGAACACAUGUUCAAUAUGUUGAAUGAUUACAAUAAUAUCAAAUAAUCAAUCAAUAAAAAUCAAUAAAAAUAGGAGGAGUCUNAUAUUCAUAAAUAA